AUGUGUCCAGCAUCUUCGUCGCAGCCUACUUCGACCCGAAUCCGGGUACUAUCCGUGGCGCUGGCCACCAUGCUUGGGGUGCUGGGGGGUCUGGGUGUAUUCACGUUUGGCUACGGUGGUGGUCACGCGUAUCUGAGCAAUAACCCCGCCUCGUGUGCGAACUGUCAUAUCAUGCAGUCUGAGUACGACUCGUGGGUGAAAUCAAGCCACCACAAUUUUGCCACCUGCAAUGACUGCCAUUUGUCACAUCAUCCCAUCGGCAAGUGGGUCACCAAAGCCGAUAACGGGUUUUUCCAUUCGCUGGCAUUCACCACCGGCGAUUUCAAAGAUCCGAUCCAGAUCAAACCAAGAAACAGUCGGGUGACUCAGCAAGCCUGCAUCUACUGCCAUCAGGAUCUAGUGAAUCAUAUGCUACCGGCCGAGCAGGGAAUGCGAUCCAUGUAUCCAUCAUCCCCUUCCCGCAACCUUGCUCGCACCCGCUCGGGAAAAGCCGGAGUUCUACUGCUGGCGUUCCUUGCGGCCGCCUUGGCAACCGGAAUCGUCGCCUGGGUGCUGAUUACGAUGAUCGGCCAUAAACAAGAGGCCCAACAACCGUUCGUCCGGCUGGCAGAGGUAUCAGAGAUCUCGACCGAUCCAGAACCGUGGGGCCGCAACUGGCCUCAUCAGUUCGAAGGCUGGAAAUCAACGGCCGGCGACCGCUUCUACGGCGGUAGUAGUGCCAUGCCGCAGAGCAAGCUCGAAACAUUCCCCUGGCUGAAACGGCUGUAUGCAGGCUAUGCGUUCAGCAUCGACUACCGCGAAGCCCGUGGGCACGCCUACAUGCUUUACGACCAGGGCGUGACCGAACGCGUGACGAAGAAGCCCCAGGCGGGGGCGUGCCUGCACUGUCAUGGUUCGACCACGGUGCUGUACCGAAAGGUCGGGCUCGAAGCCAUGGAUCAAGAUGCCAGCGAAGAGGUUCUCGCCGCCGAAUUCAACAUGCCGGCAGUGCAGCGUGGCUUUGAAGAAGUGAGCACCAAAACUUACGAAGAAGUUCUGGCCAUGCUCAAGCAAAUGCCCGACGGAACCCCCGGCGAGAAUGAGCCAGUUUUCCCCGAAGCCCCUGCAGGCGGAUUCUCCGGCGAGUUCGCAGGUGAGCCCGUACCGGAAGAUCACCCCGAUGUCGGUGAAGCUCACCCCGUUACCUGCAUCGAUUGCCACGAUCCGCAAACCAUGCAAAUCCGCGUCACCCGACCUGGGUUCAUCAACGGAAUCGCGGCUCUGGCCGCGGGCGAUGCCCCCGUCCCCCACUUGCCCAGCAUCGCAAGAUGGCGCGGCGGUGAUCGCGCCGAGCCGUACGACCCCAAUGCCGAGGCAUCGCGUCAGGAGAUGCGAUCGUUUGUCUGUGGCCAGUGUCACGUGGAGUACUACUGCGCGAAUAAGAUGACACUGACCUUUCCCUGGUCGAACGGUUUAAAGAUGGAGGACGAAGAGCAGCAGUGGGAAGAAACUACCUUCCCCGACGGCAGCGAGUUCUACGACUACAAGCACGGCGAAACGGGAGCCCCCAUCUACAAAGUGCAACACCCUGAGUUCGAGCUUUGGAGCCAGGGCAUCCAUGCACGCAGUGGAGUAAGUUGCUCCGACUGUCACAUGCCAUAUCAGCGCGUGGGUGCGAUGAAAAUCAGCGACCAUGACGUUCGCAGCCCGCUGGAAAACAUCAACGCCGCCUGUCAGAACUGCCACCACCAAAGCGAAUCGGAUCUUCGUCUACGCGUCGAGACCAUUCAGGCCAACAACCAGCAACUUCUCGAUCGGGCCGCAACAGCGAUGACCGAGAUGCUCGAUGCGAUCCUUUACGCCAAAGUCUCGGAGGCCUCUGAAGAACAACUGCAGGAAGCAUACGAGCUGCAGCGGAAGGCGAUGUGGCGACUCGAUUACAUCAGUAGCGAAAACUCGCGCGGCUUCCACGCCGAUCAAGAGGCCGCCCGCAUCCUGGCCGAGUCGAUCGAUUACAGCCGUCAGGCGCAGGCCCUUGCCUUGAAGAUUCGCGCACCCGAACCACCGAGCAUCGAAGAUCUAGAAAUCACGCCAGUGGAAGGCGUGACGCCAAAUAACCCUCAGCGACUCGAAGCCGACUGA